ACAUCUAAAUAUACCGCAAGUCGUAUUUUCAAUAAAAUAUAUCGAAAUAUUGCAACUUCUGUUAAACCAGCAACAAGCUUGGCAUUACAGAUUAUUUUCAUGGAUGAUAAAAAAGUGAUUAAUAAUUAGAAAUAAUAGAGCAGUAUGGAAUUAUUCCUGGAAAUGCAAAAUUUUCCCGGUGGCAAUCUGAAUUCCCGAAUAUUUCCCGGUUUUUUCCCGGUGAUUCCGAAUUCCCGGCUUUUUCCCGGUUCUCCCGGUUUUCCCGGUUCGCUGGCCACCCUGCUAGUACUACACUGCACCGGCUGUCACGUUUUCAAAAACAACAAGAGCGCUUUUUCUGUUUUCCUACAACAGUUCGACAAAAGUUGCGAAUUUUUGGCUAUUUCUACGUGAAAUUUAAUCAUAAAUUGCUGAAAAUGGGUGACAAAGAUCAAAGCAUCAUGGAUAAAUCCAUGCGAUCCGUAUUCGUCGGAAACAUUCCAUACGAAGCAACAGAGGAGAAGCUGAAGGAUAUUUUCUGCGAAGUUGGUCCGGUCAUCUCCUUGAAAUUGGUGUUUGACCGCGAAAGCGGAAAGCCAAAAGGAUAUGGGUUCUGUGAGUACAAGGAUCAGGAAACGGCGCUCAGUGCAAUGCGUAACCUCAAUGGGUACGAAAUCGGGGGACGUGCAUUGCGAGUGGAUAACGCUUGUACGGAAAAGUCCCGUAUGGAAAUGGCAGCGUUGUUGCAGGGUCCGCAGAUUGAUAACCCUUAUGGGGACCCAUGUGACCCGGUGAUGGCUCCGGAAAUAGUGACCAAAACGGUAGUUUCGUUGCCUCCGGAGCAGAUGUACGAGCUGAUGAAGCAGAUGAAAACUUGCUUCCAAAACAACCCGGUGGAGGCUCGCAAUAUGUUGCUGCAGAAUCCGCAGUUGGCCUAUGCUCUUCUUCAGGCGCAAGUGGUCAUGAGAAUUGUCGAUCCGGCCACGGCCGUCACGUUUCUCCACAAGGCGAAUCAGAUGCCUCUGGUACUGACCGGAGAUACGAUGAGCAUUCCACCGUCGCAACAUUCACCGAUUCCCAUGCCGGUACCAGCUCCGAUGCCGGUUCCUCCCGUUGGUGGAGGACCGCCUUCAUUUGCUCCGAGUGCCGGACACGACGUAGAUUUACGCAAUGUCGACCCUCGUCUGUCGCGCCAGCUCAAUCUGGAUCAGGAUAUGCGUUCGCUCCCGGCCGCAGGCCCCGUAGUGCCAUCCGCUAUGGACAAUUUCAAUCAACGUGGCGCUCCUCCGCCGCGUCCGAUUGGACCACAGGCACCGCCUGCACAGUCUAAUCCGUUCCCGGUCGAUCCUCGUCAGCGACCGGUAGAUCCGCGACAAGGUCCGAAGGAUCCGCGCCAACAACCGGGUGGAUCGAACCGGCCACCAACGGUUCCACCGCCGCCGCCGUCAUCAUCCUCGAUGGCAGCGGCCAGUGCAGCCGCCGCAGCUUCGUCCAACGGGAUUCCAAACGAUGCAUCCGACCAGGAGAAGGCCGCUCUCAUCAUGCAGGUUCUGCAGCUUUCGGAUGAGCAGAUUGCAAUGCUCCCUCCGGAGCAACGAACAAGCAUUCUGGUGCUGAAGGAACAGAUUGCCAAGAGUACCCAACGCUAGGAAUUUGCCUUGGAACAUGGUGAGCAAAUUCGUAUACAAUAUAAUUAAUUGAUUCACGCCGA